AUAAAAUCCAUACUCUGCAGUCUCCGAGUACCUGCCCCCGAAGACAGCGUUUGGCUCUCAGUUUUAAAGAAGUUAUGUGACCAAAACAAGUGGCGAAGUAUGGCUAUGCUUCUGAUACAUGAUGACUCGAGGGGUGUUCGGCAUUCUUUGAAUAACCUUGAUGUCUCGGAAUGGCAUUGUGGUAAUAUCAGUGUUGGAAAACUGUUAAAUACACUGUCUGAUGACAAUAUGAUACGAUGGGGUGAAAGACUUGCCGUAUGCUUAUAGAGAAAGGAGCUUCUGUUGAUACUAUAGAGCGGUACACCGGGACACAUGCAUUACAUUAUGUUGUUAAGUUGUCCCUCAGAAUAGGCUCAGUGAUACUUUUAAGAAGUGUUCUUGUAAACUACAAAGGCAAUCUAGAAAAGAUUAACAUCACAGAAAACGGGAAUACAGCUCUCCACAUCGUAGUAAAGUCAGCGAAGGCAAAUGUAGAAAUUUGCGAGGAUAUUAUAACACUGUUGCUUAACUUUAAUUGUGAUCCUUCUAUCAGAGAUGAUACAAAUAAAAUACCGAUCGACUAUGUACAUUCUGGAAGCAAACUGUUCUCAUUGCUGAAGGGAAAUUCAACGUCAGGGACUUCAAGUCAACAGCUCGGGGCCAGUUUGGAAGCUUUUAAGACUGAGGGAAACAAAGCAAAACAAGCCAACGACUAUACUAAAGCUUUGCAAUUGUAUGAUGAGGCACUCGGCAUUGCUCAACAGUCUCCAGAGUUGUACAAAGAAGCCGCUAUUUUGUACAGCAAUAAAUCGAAUGUACUGUACCAAAUGAAUAAAUUUGAAGACGCCCUUGCCAAUGCUAUUGCUGCAAUAAACUCUGGCCCUGAAUACUCAAAAGGGUAUUACCGGACCGGAAAGGCUUUUUUGCGCUUAGGAUUUUCAAAGGACGCAUUUCAUACUUUGAUUGAGGGGUGUUUUAAGUCAAAAGACGACAAAGAUAAAAUAGACCUCCUCACAGAAGCUGCAACAAUAAUAAACACUCUUUCAAGUGACGACUUCAAAAACUGCUACGAGAUGUUAUUCAAUGUAGACUCUUCAGUUUGGCCUGCUGUUCUGACACAACUCAGUAAAAAAACUCAAUGGAAGUCAAUAGCAUACCUCAUACUUGGCUCUAAUUUGGAUUCUUGUACAGUUAGCGGAUUAGUAACAGCAGAUUGUAUAGACCCGUUCUGUGCUGGUGUGGCUGGCAAGAGUUCUACCGCUGAUUUAGAAACUAGGACUAUUUUCAAGUACUUGGAACAACAUGAUGGCAAGGUAAUUGCUCAUUGGUUGGAUGCUGUCAUGGUCGCAGUGUACUCGCAUGGGGGUGAACAGACAUUGAGAAACUUGGCAGUAGGCUGCCCAUUACACGCUGUCACAAGAUUCGUCUUACAAACAGGAAGGACUUCACUUCUGGAAGUAUUUCCACGUAAAGGCCCAAGAUGGAGUGACAUGAACACUACGGGUGAAUCAGAAUCAGUUUUUCAUUUACUCGCAAAAUAUUCUCCGCCUGUUCCAGCAGAUUUCCUUGUAAAAGUGACUAAAUCAAUACUUGAGAAAGGCUAUAGAAGCAUUAUGGUUAGAGAUGUGAAUAAUAAACUCCCGUUUGACCUCCUGGAUAUUACGUACCCGAUGGGUGUGUUCGACUUGUUCCUGCCAGACGAUUCGCGUGAAAUAAAAAUGGGCAAAUUGAAUGAAAAAGGCCUUUCGAAGAGUCAAAACGGUAAUUAUUGCGAAGCAAUUUUACUGUUCAACAAAGCUAUCGACCUUUAUCGGCCAGAUGCAAAGAGCGAUCGCUGUCUCUUUGAAGUUAUACUUCGAAACAGGGCAAAAAGCUAUAUACAGCAAAAAGAAUACCAAAGGGCGCUAAAGGAUGCACGCGAAAGUAUGAAAUUCAAUAACAAUCAAGAAGCUCAUUUGAUAGCGGGCAGAGCAUUGGUUGGUUUGCAGAAGUAUAAACAAGCAUGUACAGAACUUUUAUAUGCCUACGAUUAUGUUACAACAUCAGUCCAAUCGAGAGCGGGAGAAAUACUUUCCGAUUUGGCUCAACUCGUUUCUCAACCUACCAUACACGAGUAUUUUAGGUAUAUGGGUAAUGGUAGACAUGGACAUGUAUGGGCACAGGUGUGUCACUUUCUUGUACAAAAAGGCGAUUGGAAAAGUGCCAGUGAAGCAUACUACCUGUUUGAAAUCAGUGGAAAGCCCGUCAUACCAUUGAAGCUCAAUUUAAAGCCAUUUUGUAGUAUAAAGGAUAUAAGAAGUAAUCCAUGGGUUCCCAAUAUGAUAUUGUAUCUUUUACACUGCGGAUCAGACAAAAUGACCAUAUCUCUCGAAGAAGGCGACACGUAUCUGCAUGCUGCUGUUAGAAUAGCAUUGGUUU